CGAUCCGUAUGGGAACUAAGCCCCGAUCCCGACAUGGUCGGGCAUCUACCGAACAAUCUGAUAUCCGGCCACCAGAAUCAUGGCUCGGGCAAGAGCUCGCGACAGAGGAACCGUCCCGAUGACAAUGUCUACGCCGACGAGGCCGCGACUGGUCAAAGUCCCACCAACGAGACCAAGCAAAUCUUUGAACUGCUCAGAGCCGGUGAAAUCGAAGCGGUCGAGGAAUUGGUGGAAAGGAACGGGUUAAACGUGCUCAGCGCGAGGGAUGAAUGGGGAUAUACACCUGCUCAUUGGGCUGCCUUAGAUGGCAAUAUUGAAGUCAUGAGAUAUUUGAUAGAACGAAACGGUCCCGUCGAUCUACCAUGUCUCGGUACGCAAGGACCUAGACCGAUACAUUGGGCCUGCCGAAAAGGUCAUAGCGCGAUAGUGCAAUUGCUAUUGAAGGCCGGAGUCGCGGUCAACACAGCUGAUUUUAAGGGUCUGACGCCUCUAAUGACCGCUUGUAUGUUUGGCAAAUUCGCGACGGCCGCUUUCUUGCUGGGAUCCAAUGCGCAAGGACAUUUGACGGACAUAAACGGCGACACCGCAUUGCACUGGGCCGCAUACAAGGGCCAUGCCGAGCUAAUCAAGCUAUUGAUAUACAGCGGCGUGGAUCUGCAGAAGCCCGAUUACUUUGGCUCGACACCGCUUCAUUUGGCCUGCUUAUCCGGCAACGUCAGCUGUGUCCGGAUUCUCUGCGAGAAAAGCAAAAUCGAGCUCGAGCCGCGCGAUAAAAACGGCAAGACACCGUUGCAACUGGCCAAGAGUCACCGCCAUUUGGAGAUUGUUCGCAUUCUGCAGGCGGAACAAAAGCGCCGAGCUAGAUGGAUACCGCCCAUCAACGAACUAUGGGCAUUGCUGUUUGGCGGAGCGGGCAACAGCAAGGGACCGUUGCUACUGUUCAUGAUAUCCGUCCUGCUUUGGGGAUACCCGAUGUAUCUGUUAAAAUGCAUUCCGUUAACGUGGAAUCUUUUGCGUGGCAGCCAUUACUGUUUCAUUUACUGGAACAUCCUCAUGUGGAUUUCCUGGAUUGUGGCUAACAGAAGAGAUCCUGGUUACGUACCGCAGAACAGUGACACCUAUUAUAGGGCGAUAAAACAGAUUCCAUAUUUCGAUAAGUGGAAGAAGCGCAACGUUUUAUUAUCGCGAUUAUGUCACAGCUGUAGAUGUUUCAGACCCCUCCGGGCUAAACACUGUAGAAUCUGCAACAGAUGCGUCACAUAUUUCGAUCAUCACUGUCCGUUUAUAUACAAUUGCGUCGGCCUGAGGAACAGAAUGUGGUUCUUCCUGUUCGUUAUGUGCGUGGCGAUAAAUUGCUCUUUCACCUUAUAUUUCGCAUGUUACUGUAUCGCAAUCGAGGGAAUUCAAUUGCUGUAUGUUCUUGGCGUAUUAGAAGCUCUCGUCUUUUGUGGACUCGGCUGGAUUCUAACAUGCACUUCGGUUUUACAUGCUUGUAUGAAUUUAACUACCAAUGAAAUGUUCAAUUACAAGAGAUACUCGUACUUAAGAGACAAGAGAGGCAAAUACUUAAAUCCUUUUAGUCGAGGGCCUGUGCUUAAUUUCAUCGAGUUUUUCCUCUGCCCGCCGGAUCAUCAAAUAAAUGAUCCCCAACAUUAUCAUAUUCUUUCGGAGGAUGUUAUAUAAUGUUACAUAAAGACCAUACGAGUCUUUGAUUAAUUUAUGUCACGCACUCUCUCGCACAGAGAAGCGUCACAAGUGCUACAUAUAUAAUGAUAUAUUAUUUUUUCAAAUUACACAUGUACAUUUGCACAUAAAAUAUAUUAUUGUCACUUAUAAAAGAUUCACAUCUCUCAUAGUUUAUAUUAUAUUACGCUACAUUCUGCUGCCAGGAAGCAAUUUGCAGAAACGUAGUAAAAAAUUUUAUAAAAGUUAAAAUUUAAAUAAAUUAUCU